UUCCUCCUCUUUGCAAAAAAUGAACAGGAUAUCAUUGUUGGAAAGUCUUCGAAGUUUGAAAAGUUUAGAGAAUAGUUUAUGUGAACCUGCUGAUGAAGAAUAUGUUGAAUGACUAUGAGGGAGUUUGAGAUUUUUCGUGUUAUAGGCCUAAAAUAGGAGUAGGAAAACUUUAUUUUGAAAAGGAAAUAUUUUGGAUGUUUAGGGAAGGUAUGGAGAGUGUGGUAUCAGCCUAGGGUGGGUGUAGGACAACCAUGGUGUUGGGUUGGGUUCUAAGACAGGAAAAUGGAGAAGUUUCAACCCAAUUAAUGUCACCACACUUGGGCUUUAUUCCCCUGAUCUGUCUUUCCCUUGGCGGGCUACGGAGAGUCUUCGGGCAUGCUCCCGGAUAUAUAUCAUUUAACUUCCUUUGAUUGAUUUUCAGGUUGCUAUUUCAAUGGAUACUCAAUUACUGGGUGUUUUGCAUCACUAGGCUCUCUGAUUCCCAUAGAUGUAAAAUGCUGUUAUGGUCUAUUGUCUUCUUCGCACAUUGUUACAGUACUUUCUGCGCAUUCUAAGGCUGAGAUUAGCUAGGAAAGGUUGAUCAAAGAGGUGUGAAAGUUUCAUGCAGUAAGGGUUCAUGCCGAGUCUUCUUUAUUGGCCGGAGCUUGGCGGUACUUUGAACAAAUUGGAAAUUUCAACGCCUCCACCGAUCAACAAAAUGGAAAUUUCACCAUGUGCUUAAGGCCAUGUGACAUUCAGAUUCCACUAAACCGGCUAUAUUUACCCUGUCAAACGCCACAGACAAUGAUUUCCAGAUUAUAGGCAUUGCGUAUCAGAUGUGCAGAUUUCCCGCGUGGGAUGAGACACCAUCUCCAAGAUUCCUCCUAGGUAGGGCUAAACCUGCAACUGGUUGGAAAAUUGUUCUUCAGAGAAGUUCAAGAAACCGGCCCGUCAAGCAUCGAUUCCGGUGAGCAGCUUCCGGAACCCAUCCGUCGACCCUCAGAAUUAGCCAAACCCAUUGUACACGAAUGAGCCAGUACGAAGAAGAAACAUUCCAGAUUCAAUUUUGGACGCAUUUUGACAAGUUUGCGCCCAUUCAACAGUCAUGGUGCAUCUAUCGAGCAACUCCGCCUAACCCAUCAGGUUUUGGAAGUGAGAAAUGGAUUCUACGAGAACUCAUGCUGCAGCUUUGGGUUUUGCUUAUAUAUGCCCUUCAUUAAUGAAAGUUCAUAAUUUAUGCUACUGCACUCUGGUAUAUAAAUAAAAAGAAAAAAAUGCAGUGGUAGGUUGUAUAUGGUUCCUCAUGUAAAAGUUAUUCCAUUCUGAGUGAGCUUUGUUCAUGGUUUAGGACAUUUUGGUGGCUAAUUGAUCUUAGUUGUAAUUUGGCAGGGAAUACAUCCCAGUGGGCGUGUUUGCAGCCAUGACAGUGUUAGAAGUCCUGAUCUCUUUUGCCCGUGUCUUGAAGAGGGGAAUGAUGAUUUGGACUGGUGAUGAUGCUUUAAAGGAGUUACAAGACGCUAAUGUGUCAAGACAGUGCUUCCCAAUAUUACAAGAGUGUGCUACAAAGGUUGUCUCUCUAUUACACGUGUAACAACCUAGUGCAUACUAACAUUACUUUUCUUAUUGGCGAAAUAAUUGCUAACGUCAUUUUUAAGUCUUUUGCAUCACUUGCUGCCAUUGCUAACUUUCCUGAAGGCAAUCAGAGUUGCUUCUGAUGCAGAGUCCAAUGUUCCUCAGCUCAGUGGCAAGGCAGCAACUGCACUGGAAGGGUUGUUCUCGUCGCUUAGUUACCUCUUCUCAGAGAAUGGGGCUCAUGUAUGCGAUUAUCAGCUAGCACUUCAGCGUCAUAUCAAAAGAGUUGCUGGCCUUGUAGCGAGAUUCGUCUCUCUUAUCUGGUGUCCUUGUGGCGAGAAUGUCUCUAAUCAUCUUUCACGAGGUGUGGCGAUACAAGCUCUUAUGUGCUUUGCAGGAAUGGAAGUGCUGUGAAUAUAUGGGCAAAUACAUUUAGCUUAUGGCGCUUGAAUCCAGCUGUUGUCUUCAGAGAAAUUGCUGAUCUUUCUCUAUCUGUAAUUCUUACAUCAGGGUAUUCAUGAAUGCAUUCAAGACUCCUUUGAAUUUUAGUGGUGAUAAAUUUAUAUUUGCUCUGCUUUUAAAAGUUUUUGCUUUGUUUCGAGUUCUAAAAAAUUCUUCUAUGGUCCAAACUAGCUGUAACGCCAAUGGAGUACAAUGUUCUAGAGAAGAGCAUUAAUUUAAAAUGUGAUAUAUUUAAGUACCUUAGGGAAAAAUUUGUUCGCAGAAAUUCAGCACGACAUACUUUGGAUAUUUCAUCCUGGAGCUUAUUCUAAAUUACUGCGUUUGUGUACUUGUCUCUAUUUCUUCUUUAAAUUUUGUUAAUAUGCAGAGCAUAUUUGGAAUUCAUCCUAUAAGGUCAUUAUUUAAUCAGAUUUGCUCUUACAGGACUCUGUCACCUAUGAACUCCUUUUCAUCUGAACUCGGUGUUCCUUUUAGUACAUCACUGGAAGCUCCACAUGUUAUAGACACUGAGUCACAGUUAUGGGCAGCUAUAAUCUCCAGAGGCCCUAGAAGUUAUCCACUGAAUGCAAGUUAUAAAACCGCCGAUUCAUAUGCUUUCCAGGAUUCACUUGGUACAUCUAUAGAAGAAAUAUGCAAGACUGUUCCUGGUGGCUGUCUUAUAUUUUUCCCUAGCUAUAAGCUGAUGGAGAAACUUAGUUGUCGCUGGCAGGAAACAGGCCAAUGGGCUAGACUUAAUGCUAGAAAACCACUUUUUGUUGGUAAGAUUUGUCCAAGUUCAUCAUUUUCUCAUCAAUGCUUUAUUUACUUGCACAUGAAGGACCUAGUUGACAACAACAACCCCAGUAAAAUCCCACAGUGGGGUCUGGGGAGGGUGGGCUUACGCAGAACUUAACCAGAUUCGGAAAGUAGAGAGGGAAGGACCUACUUGACUAAAAAAUAGAAACUAUGGACACAACAUUUCUGGCUGUGAGGAAGUAAGCUGAUUUUGCUUUAUUAUGCUUACUGCUUCCCCAUAAUUUUUCAUUGGUUGGCAUUUUUUAUUUAGAGCCAAGAGGAAGCCAGGAAGAAUUUGAAUCUGUUUUGAAGGGUUAUUAUA